UCUUCUACUCCGCUGCACAAAGACCAGAGUGCAGUCGCAGUCUCCUCCACGCUGUCAGUGCGCAGAUCUCUCCCCUCUGGAACCUAAACCCCACUUUGCAUGAACCUGCAAACCCCUGCUAGUAUUUUCUCGCCUGAAGACGACCUUGCAGUUUCGCUGUGGCAGUUUUCCAGCAGAUAGUCGGACCCCGAAAAGCGUCGGGACAAGCGAAGAGAGCAGAAGCUGCAGGAGUGGUCUGGAAACUUUUGCCAUCAUGAGCGCGCGAGGGGUCGACCUUGAUACCUACAGCUUGUCGCUGCUCACGGCGAAAGAGGACAUCCUGAACCCCCGCUCCUCCACCAACUGGGCAAUAUUCAUGUAUGAUGGACUCACCAACAAGCUCAAACUGGCUGAUUCUGGAGCGGGUGGUGUGGCAGAGCUGGCAGAAAAGUUUCACAUCUCCAAGCCUCAAUAUGGACUGUGCAAAUUGGGCAGCGUGGAGACCGGAGGCCCCCGGAUCGCUCUGAUCAGCUGGGUCGGCCAAAACGUGGAGGAAUACCGAAAGACAGAGUGUGCCGGCCACAUUCCAGCCAUCAAAAACUUCUUCAAGGAAGCGCAUGCGUUCAUCAGAGCAGAGAAGGUGGAGGAUGUGACUGAGGGGACGAUAAGAGAAGAACUUAACAAGGCCCUGGCACAGACUCCUGCACAGUGGGCGAGGAGGAGCUCUAGGUCUGCAGACAAGGAAGAACUCGUGGGUACAAAUUACAGAAAAACUAAUGCUGCCAUGGAGAUGAGACGAAUAAACAGAGAGUCCUUCUGGGCACGUGCAGAGCGUGAAGAGGAGGAGAGGAAAGAAGAGGAGAGGAGACGAGCUACAGAGGAGAGACGUCGAUUGGAGAGAGAAAGAGUCUUAAAGGAAAGGAGGGAAUCAGAAGAAAGAGACAGAAAGAUGAACGAGAAGCUACAGUUGAUUGAGGAGCAGAGAAGAAAACAGGCAGAGCAAGAGGAGGAGCUGCGCAGGAAAGAAAAGUCAAGAUGGGAGCAGCAGCAAAGGGAGCAUGAGGAGUUUAUGAGAGCUCGUCUGAAGAGGAGUGAGUCCAUAGAGAAAGCAGCUGAGGCAGCAGCAUUAGUGUCCCAACGCACCAUGAACCCUAGAGAGUUCUUCAGGCAGCUCUCAUCAUCUUCAUCCCAAAGUCCCACCAGCCCUGGAUCCUCCCGCUCAGGCAAACCACUCAGACGAUACCAGCGCAGCCUGACAGACACAGCCUUCAUCUUCUCCAAAGCUGAAGAGCGCGAGAUAACAUCCCCUCACAAUUCUCCCCUGGUCUCCCCCUUUUCACGGGGUUCUCCCUCUCCUUUCUUCCGUACCACGUCUCCACCCACAACUCCAGAUUUCCGCCCCGUUACCUCUCCGCAAAGGCCCAGAGCCCCCCUGUCACCGCCCACCUCACCUUCACGCCCUGCCCCUCCUGUUUCAGCUCUGCCCAGUGUCCCACAGACUAUAAAUCAAGUUCAGUCUGUUGUUGAGAACAAACCCAAAUCACCUACACAACCCUCUGCACCUCCAGCCUCUCCAACUCUCUUUGCUUCCUUAAACAACCCCGCUCAACCACAUGCAGAGGCCCUGUCUGCUUCACUUAAUAAUACCCAAACACAGUCGGAGAUCUCGGCGUUCUGCUUCGAGGCUCCACAGGCUCCAACAUCUCCCCUACCAGAGAGACCGCAGACAAACACAGACCUCAACACAGCCACCCACAAGCACACUGAGCUGGUCUCAGACUUUAGCUACAAAGUUCAGGCUGUACUCGUUGAGGAGGAUGAAGAGGAAGAGGAUGAGGAGGCACAAGAGGAAGAAAAGUCUGAAACACAACCACAGCCGUGUGCUGUGACAACAGAGCUGGUCAAAGCUGAACCAGAAGAUCAGGAGCAAGAGGAGGAGGAGACGAAAGAAGAGCUGGAGGAUGAGGAAGGGGGGUUAAAAGUAGAUGCUCAGCCUGCCUCAGAGGAGGUGGAGGAGGUAUCAGUGGAAGUGGUGCAAGAGGAAGUGGAGGCAAAGGAAGAUGGAGGAGAUAAUGACCAGUCAGAAGAUGAUAAGGCUGCUCCUGAGUCUGAUGAGCUUCUGGAGAAAGAGGAAGAGUCUACAGUCAUAGAUGCAGAAACAAUUUGUCAAGAACUCAAACAGGAGACUGUCAUCCUGUCUACCAAUGGGAUCACUAAUGGAGAUGCAAAGCAACAGAAUGGCAUAGAGCGAUCUUUGAGUCCAUCUGACACAGAGCUCAGCUCCCCUGAGUUGGCUGUGUGUUUUGACGUGCAGGACAUGACAGAGGAGAAUGACAUCAUUGAGGACAAGGGACAUGAGAUCUCAGAAAAUGGACAAGAGGUUUCAGCCGAGCACCAAAUGUGUGUCCGAGCUCUAUAUGACUACCAAGCAGAGGACGAAUCCGAGAUCUCCUUUGAACCUGGUGACAUCAUCAGGGAUGUGGAAACGGUGGACAAAGCCUGGUGGAGGGGGUGGAGCAAAGAUGGCCGUCAAGGCUUGUUCCCUGCCAAUUAUGUGGAGACCAUAUAGGCAGGCAGAGAAACACUACCACUCAGACUCACAUACAUAUACACACAGACGCUCAGGGACACCGUCUCCCCUCACGUUUAUUCAUGUUUUUACCUUCAUCCUCCCACUUCAGCUUUGUACCCUCUUGUCUGUAGGAAGGAUGAAGAAAAAUGUGAUCCUCUGUUUUUGUAGAAAGCAUAAAGAACAAGUGUGACUCUGUAUUUUGAUGUUUUUUUGUCUGGAAAAACUAAAUAUUCUCACAAGUGUGUAGAAAUUACCCAGCCUCAUUUUCUUGGAUAAGAUAGCAGAGAGCUUCUUUUUCUUGGACCAAAAUAACUUAUUACCUUUUGAGACAGAGCAGCGGUGUUGGUGGGAGGGAUCACAUCACUGUGACAAAUGAUCACAAACUUGCUUCAGUUGUAAGAACCACAAACAGAUUUUUAUAGUGUAUCUUCUUACUUUUGAUCCACACAUAUAACAGCCAUUCCAGUCUGCUCACCUUUUGCUUUGUGAGCGUUACGUUAUUCAAAAAAUAAUUUACUGAUCUUGACUGGUAUAUAUAAUCAAGAAACAUGUAUGAGACAUCAUCUUAUAAUCAUCUUCCAGUGUUUUCUGAGUUUAUUUUGUAGCUCUCUUUCUUACUGACAGCACAUUGUAAUUAUCUAAACCACAAAAACAGCAUAAGGAUAAACAAGCAGAGGUAAAAAAGGCACUGUAUUGACACCUGUAUGUCUCUGUCACUCUCAGAGAUGGAUGUAUUUUGUUCUUAUUGUUGUGUUUUCAUACCUUUUUUGUCUCAUUGUCUCUACUUAAUUUUCUUAGUUUUUAAGAAAAGCAAACUAUUUCCACACAAAGAUGAUAUAAAUGAACCUCCCAGUUUUAAUCUUCUGUAAUAUCUGUAUGUAUGUAUAAAACAUAUCAAAGAUCUUCUCUUUUCUAUUCUUGGCUUGUAUGUUUGUAUGAUGUAUGUUCUUUGUAUUUACUCCAAACUUACAAAAUAUAUAUCACCUACAA